UUUUGUGACACUCUGGGUUCUGGCGAACAGAGGGACGGGGAACAGGUCCACUGCCCUUUGAUCCCCAGAGUCACCUCCCUUUUCUAUCCCAGCACCCCAGGCUUCUCCGGGGUUCACGGAUACCCAAAACGGAGCUCAUAAAACAUAUAGGACAAAAAGGGAAGUCCUGCAGACAGACCCUGUUUGGAUUAAUGAGCCAGUUCUUUCAACCGGAACAAUGACUGCUGAAUCCAGGAAAGCUGCAGAUUUGUCUCCUCAGGCUACCCGAGACACGGAAGGCAUAGUGAUAGUAAAAGUGGAGGAGGAAGAGGAAGACGAUGAAGAAGACCAUUUUCCAACAGAAAGAAGUAACAUGUUAUCACCCCAAUUUCCUAGUCGUUCCACAACUAUGAAUGAGAGAGCCUUGUUAUCAUCAUAUUUAGUGGCGUAUCGAGUAGCAAAAGAGAAAAUGGCUCACACAGCUGCUAAAAAAAUUAUUCUCCCAGCAUGUAUGGAUAUGGUACGUACCAUCUUUGACGAUAAAUCAGCUGACAAAUUAAGAACUAUACCUCUUAGUGAUAUUACAAUAUCUCGUCGAAUCUGUACUAUUGCAAAACAUUUAGAAACAAUGCUUAUGACACGGCUACAGUCUGGUAUCGAUUUUGCAAUCCAACUUGAUGAGAGCACUGAUACUGCAAGUGGUCCCACACUCUUGGUGUACGUCAGAUAUGUGUGGCAAGAUGAUUUUAUAGAAGAUCUGUUGUGCUGUUUAAAUUUAAGUUCACAGGUAACCGGAUUAGAUGUAUUCACUGAAUUAGAAAAGUGCGUUGUUGGUCAAUAUAAAUUAAACUGGAGAAACUGUAAAGGAAUCUCAAGUGAUGGAGCAGCAAAUAUGGCUGGGAAACAUAGCAGACUUCUUGAAAAAUUGUUAGAAGCCACCCGCAACAACGCUCUUCGGAAUCAUUGUUUUAUUCACCGAGAAGCUUUAGUAUCCAAAGAAAUUCCGCCAAGCCUAAUGGACGUAUUGAAAAAUGCAGUGAAAAUUGUUAAUUUUAGUAAAGGAAGCUCAAUGAAUAGCCGACUUCUUGAAAUAUUUUGUUCAGAGAUCGGCAAGACCCACACCCACUUACUGCUUCAUACAGAAGUUCGUUGGUUGUCUCAAGGAAAAGUAUUGAGCAGAGUAUAUGAACUCAGGCAUGAGAUUUACAUCUUUCUCAUUGAAAAGCAAUCUAAUUUGGCACAUAUUUUUGAAGAUGAUGUUUGGGUAACAAAAUUGUCAUAUUUAAGUGAUAUUUUUGGCAUUUUAAAUGAAUUAAGUUUGAAACUACAAGGGAAAAACAAUGAUAUAUUUCAGUAUCUUGAACACAUUUGAGGAUUCCAAAAGAUGUUAUUGUUGUGGCAAACUAGACUUAAAAGUAAUCAUCCUAGCUACUAUAUGUUCCCUACAUUGUUGCAACACAUUGAAGAGAACAUUAUUAAUGAAGAAUGCUUAAAGGAAAUAAAAUCAGAGAUAUUAAUACAUCUCACUUCUUUGUCUCAAACCUUUCAUCAUUACUUUCCAGACGAGAAAUUUGCAUCAUUAAAGGACAAUAUCUGGAUAAAAGAUCCAUUUGCUUUUCAAACCCCAGAAUCGAUCAUUGACUUAAACUUGGUGCCUGAAGAAGAGAAUGAAUUAUUGCAGCUCAGUUCGUCAUUCACGCUGAGGAAUUAUUAUAAGACAUUAAGUUUAUCAGCAUUCUGGAUUAAGAUUAAAGAGGAAUUUCCACUGCUAAGUAGAAAGAGUAUAUUGCUAUUAUUACCAUUCACAUCUACCUAUUUGUGUGAACUAGGAUUUUCGAUCUUGACACGAUUAAAAACAAAAAAAAGAAACAGGCUUAAUAGCGCACCUGACAUGCGUGUGGCCUUAUCUUCGUGUGUGCCUGACUGGAACGAACUGAUGAACAGGCAAGCACACCCAUCACAUUAAAUACAAUCUUUAUGAA